AUGGCGUAUAUAAUGUGUACACCCAUGGUCGUUAUCCACGAGAGCUUAAUAUAUCACGUACCAUAGCGCACACAGUCAAGAGAACUUGAUAGUGUCAACAAGUGGUUAUGUCGACGGAAAUGUCAUCGAAACCUUGCAUAACUUAAGAGAAAGGAACGCCAGUUUCAGCUGAAUAACCCGUAAACCUUACGAAUUGGUACCGGCAUACUCAUAGGAAGGAGUGUGAGGAAUAUAACCUGAGGAUCAACUGAUUUUCACCCGUGUGCCCUCUGAGAGGAAUUUGUUGGAACGAAUUGUAACUGUCUGCAGUAAUAAUAAUGAAGUGGAGAGUGGAUGUACACACUUUGGUAGCGGUUCUGCUUUGCUGCUGUUUCCAAUCAGGUUUCAGCCAAGACCCAACAGAUACUUAUCAUGGCUGUUAUUUCGACAAUCACCAACGGGCAUUAUCAGACCUGAUAACAUGUGACGAAGUCAGCGACGUGUGUCAUUUGUCCUGUGGAAAAGAGCAUCGGUAUUGCGAAAGUAUGGAUAUGAUGACUAUUGACCUCUGCCGGGAUAUUUGUAGGAGGAGAAACCUUCGGUAUUACGCCUUGGAGGCAGGAAAUCAGUGCUUCUGUGGAGGCGCCCUCUCGGACCCGUUUCAUUAUGGAAGUGCUGCAGGCGUACCAUCAGGAAGCUGUUCUCAUCCUUGCACUGGAGACAACAACACAACCUGCGGUGGAGAGUUCCAGAUGCAAGUCUAUGAAUUCCAAGAUCCUGUGCCAGGAUCAGACUGCUUCCAUCCUGGUUUUGUCAGGAACUCCUAUAUAUCGCACUUCGACAAUCUACCAGCUGGAGUAACACUCAGUUACCUCUGCCAGCCAUUGCACAGAAUUAUUGGCGAUGCACAAGUCACAUGUCAGCCUGAUAGAAGCUGGCAGCCCAACAUGCGCCCAAUCUGCAACUACACGGGCGUCAUAGAAGAGCCCACUACAGAAUCUGUAACGACGAUGCAAAAUCUGACCACUAUUCAAACAACAACAGCAGCAAAGCCGCUUACGACCAUUACCGAUUUUCUGCCUUACAUUAUCGGUGGCUCGGCGCUACUUCUCCUAAUCCUGGUGGUGUGUUUGGUCGGAAUAUGUGUUUGUGGAAGAAGGAGGAGGUCUGGAAAUGCUGGUCAAGACAUCUCACUGAAGCCCGAGCCAGCACCGGUGACUUUCAUCAACACCGGCUUCGUUGCCGGGGACGACGCAGAUGCCAAAGUUGAAAUGCCGGACAUCCUCUCCAGCUCCGCCAAUGGCAAAUCAUCCUCCCCACCUCCAGCCAACGUCUACAACUCCCGAAUGUCUACGUUCUCAGAGGAACCCAUCUAUCUGAAUGGUGAGGCAGCUCAUGUUUCUGUGUACGGACACGUGAAUGAGACUGAACCGCUGUCACCUGAUGACCCACCAAGCCCCAUCUACCUCAAUGCAGAGGCAGCUUUACCGGACAAUGAACAAUCUCCCUCGACAGAUACACCUGAUGGGAACACCGGGUACACCAAGCGGUACUCCGCCACGACCGAUCGGCCCUAUCCCAAGCGGGGUGUGUCCUCUGAAGACCCUGGUGCCGCCUACGCCACCGGUAACCGCCGGGCUAAGAAGAACGGCACAGGCACCAAAGAUCUGGUCGGAUGGAGCCGCCCGAGUUCCCUGUACCAGCGCACAGAAUUUGACGAUGAAGAUGAUGGCGAGUCUAACGAGGACAACACGAGUGUUGAACCGAAUGCCCUCUCCGCAGCUAUCUACGCCCAGAUCGACAAAAGUCGGAAGAGUGACUCGAGAGAAACACUCAAUUCCGAGGUUUCCGGAAACUCCUUCUUCGCUGACCCUGCCAAAUCAUCCGCUACAAGACUUUAGAUUAAUGAGUGGAUUUUGUGGACAAUCAUAUCAUACGUUUCAAAAAGCAUCAACAUAGAUGAAUAUCUUAAAUCAGCGAAAAUGAGAGAGUUGUGAUUAAAUGUAAGAAUUAAAUGAUGAGUACUGCCAAUCAUGAGAAUAGUAUUCAAAAGUCUCACGUCCCAGUGAAGCUAGUGAAAAUGAAAACAUGGAAAAUACAUGGAAAAGAUGUGCAUUGUCACAAAUCAAUAGAUGAGUUCCCGCCUGAUUCCUUUACUUUUGCUGUGUACUCGGACUUUGAAGUUCAGCGACGAUCUUGUCCAUGACUUUAAUGUUCCAGACUCAUUUCCUUUAUAAAGCGACCACUGCCCAUAAUUAUGAAACACUGAAUGUUUGAAUACUUGGUUUGUUAAAUGUUUUGCUUGUAUACAAAAAAUGCUUAUAUAUGCGAAAUUGUUUAUUUUAAUUAUUUGAAAUAAUUUCGUUGUAACGUAUUGUGAGGGUUUUUUUGGUGAGUUUCGAAGGAGUUACUUAUUGUCAGAUAUUGGAUUUUUGUAUUGUUAAAAGUUUUCCUUUAUUUACAUUUCGAACGAAAACACUUUCAUCAAAAUGUAAAUGUAGCGGCCAAAAUCUUAAUUGCAACUUCAAAUGUACUUAUCAAAACCUUAAACAACAAAUAUUCAAAACAGUUGUACAUUUCUUAGAGUAUAAGUAAAGUUUUCUUGAAGGAUUUAGCUUCGUCAUAAUAAACAUGCUCUUUGUGUUCAAUGCACGUGUACAUACAUGUACAUAUAAAAAAUAAUAUGUAUACACUUCAUAUAUUUCUUAAUUUUGUUGAAAAUCGCUAUUGUUAAAAAAAUGUGAUUGAUGUUUGUUUUCGUAGUCGGAUCAGAGUGUAUCAUUCUCUUCAUUGUAUUAUCUGUAAACAGUAUUUCAUGGAUGAGCCUGAAACUAUACAUAUAUAUCCGAGUUUUAUUAAUUACGAAUUAUAUUGAAUAUUGAUACAAUUAUAAUUAUGCAGUAAUUGUCACAGAAUUCGACUCCGAUUAUUAAAAGCAGUUUACAUUUUUGUACAUCUGAAUACGCGAAGGUAUGGCAGAGUUUUAUAUGUAGCAGUUCAAAUUCAUGUAUUUAGCUGUUGGUGGUAUAAGUAAAGUAUUUAAUCGGAAGGUAUGACAGUAAUUUUGAUGAUAUAAUCUUUCUUAUUUCAAUAUUGUAUUGACAAACGAGAAAAAAAUAAACAUUUCAUUUAUGAAAAUUGAAUACA